CGGUAGGUAGCGAUAGUGGUUCAAAUCGUGGUCACUUUUAAACGCAGAGGAAGCGCUAGUUGCUAACAGUUACAGACAAACCUAUGAAAUAAUGGAUCAGAAAAUUCCUUAUGACGACUACCAGCUUCCAGUUGUAUUCCUGCCGUCUUAUGAGAACCCACCAGCAUGGAUACCUGCACAGGAACGUGUUCAUCACCCGGACUACAACAAUGAGCUGACCCAGUUCUUACCUCGCACCAUUGUAUUAAAGAAACCACCAGGAGCACAGCUGGGCUUCAACAUCCGAGGGGGCAAAGCGUCCCAGUUAGGAAUCUUUAUAUCCAAGGUGGUCCCGGACUCAGAUGCCCACAGAGCAGGACUACAAGAAGGAGACCAGGUUCUUUCUGUCAAUGAGGUUGACUUUCAAGACAUAGAGCACUCAAAGGCCGUUGAGAUCUUGAAGACUGCGCGGGAAAUACUGAUGAGGGUUCGCUUCUUUCCUUACAACUACCAAAGGCAGAAGGAGAGGACCGUACACUAGGUGGCAGCAAAAAGCGAGGAAAGAGAUGGACUUGACUGUGUCUCAGUGGCCUCGUCAUCACCCUCCUCCCACAGACUCUGGCCCCCAUUCUGUCCCAGCUUCAGAAUGACUGACGUACAGUACACUUCUCCAUUUAAGGGCAACAGUCCACUAAUUUCUUUCUCUCACAGAGACCGCAAACAGGAUCCAUUUGAGUCAUAAUUAACUGAUACUUAAAGGAAUAGCCUUUAGAUACUGUAAUUAAAUGUAUCAACAUGGCCUUUACUUUUCCCUUAAAGCCUAAAUAGAUGUUUUUAACCACAGUAACACCAGCAGUAGCUCUGAUGACUCCAAGAUACAGUAUAUUUCUGUAAUUAACUGUACCUAAGAAAUUGGCAACAGAGUGUGAAUUCUAACGAGUUCACAACACACAGAUUUGUUUUUUAACUAAAAGUGAAUACACUGAACACUUUGUUUUUAAUUUAACAAUUAUUUAUAAUUGUGUAGGAAAUAUUAAGUUGUGUAAAUAUUCUAUAUUUUCAGUGACUGCCAAUGUGGACCCAGCGUUAUUUUCUUUUAAUACAGACAAGUAUUCAUUUUGUUCAUGUUUUAUAAAUUUUUUUGCUCUCUGCUCCUGGGCACAAAUAUGAUGAGGCAGUUAUUAGAGAAAUGUCGAGUCAGCAUUUCCAACUGUUGCUUUUUUUGCUGUUCGCCAUCCUCUCCUACAUUUUUCAGCCGAUUUCAACAAUUCAUACAUGGAAAUUUCAGUGCAUGCAGCACAUUUUCAGCUAUUUCAAGUGUUGACAUGAACACGUUAUGCCUCGUGUCUUGGCAUAUUAUUGCUAAAGCUUUAUGACGGUGCAUUUGUGUGUGUGUGUGUGUGUGUGUGUGAUGCAGAUCCACAGAACUGCAGGUUUUCUCUUGGGACUCAAAGCUUUGCCGGGCAGCUUAAUUGUUUUAGAUUAUGUAUGUGCUAAAGUAAAAUAAGGUUUGGCCAUUAAGAAAAUGUGCAAAGUAUAGGUGGAGGAGUUACAAAAGCUCUGUUCACUAACAAUUUGUAUUCACCUGAUGACCCAGAGCUCAUUAUGAAACUUUUUUUUAAUCAUUAACAUUGAUAAGUUAAACAAAUAAAGUAUUUGAACUCUUAACCACCGCGUGUCUCCGUGUGAAAUCCUGAAAGAAUUGCAAAUAAACUGGUUUGCUCGGGUACAAGUAG